AUGUCGGAAUCCUCAGUGCCAUGGACACCAAGGACCUUGAAUCCCCUCUUUCCCAUCCUGGAUGGGAUGGGCACGUGGAGCCCAUUCUAUCAAGAUUGGGCAACAGAAAUCAUUCUACUCUUCAUUGCCGAUCAUGCAGUGCAUCAAAUGCAAGAGGAAGACGUCCUCAAUGUAAUCAGACAGAAUGCCACCUGGGUGGACAUUUGCCAACUAGCACGGUCGGAAAUUGGAUAUGACAUUGAAGGAUGUGGUCAAAUAUUAUGCAAUUGUUUGGACUGA